AACGGAUUUAUUGCCAUACUCCAUCAUGGGCUGGCUGUGGUCUUCGAGCUCUGACGAUGCAGUCACAAGCACCACACCCAACGAGUCUUUACCCAAGCAGCCUCCCAAGGAGACUCCAGUGGCCCUCACAGAAGAGCAGCGCAUGCGCAUCUUUGGCCGUCCUUCCUCUACGCCCUCAUCUGCCUCUUCUCAGCAAACUCAAGCCGACGCCGAGCUCGAAGCUCUUAUCCAGGAAUUCUCCUCCUCCGACCCCACGAACCCAUCCAAAGCGCGCACAGCCCUAGAAAAAGCCGAACAGACAGCGCUCCCAGCCCAGGACCGCCACGAACCACUCCCCAUCUCCCGCACCCUGCCCGAUGGCAGUCUCGACAUCUCUCCCUCUGCAAUCUUGCCUCGGACCUUGUCGUGCCGCCAGGCCUUCGACCAAGCAUUCUACUGCCAAAGCGUAGGCGGCAAGUUCAAUGACAUUUACCGAUAUGGGCAUUUGCGCCCGUGUUCGGAGCAAUGGGGUGCGUUUUGGUUCUGCAUGCGCACGAGGACGCUGCCCGAAAAAGAGAAGGAAGUGGAGGUUGCGAGGUACUAUCGGGAACGGGAUGAGAAGAGGAAAUUGGAGAAGGGGAGUAGUGAAGAUGUUUGGGAAAUUAGGACGAGAGCUGUGGACCGGGCAUUUUGGAGAGAUCCAGACGAGGAUGCGAGUGAGGUUGGAAAGGAUGGUAUUUCAGGCCCAGAAUGAGAAGGAGGUCAAUUUGGGCAAGCGCAGAACGUGGAAACUUGGAAGGUGCCUGCUCGUGCCGCAGGUUGACAAGUGAACUUCACGACUGAGGCUUUAUAAGUGACCCAUACAAGUGAGCCAUACCAAUGAGCUUGUCAUAACUGAGUCUUGUGAAAGUGAGGCUUUACAAAUGAGCUUUAUAACUGAGGUUCACAACUGAGGCUUCACAACUGAGGCUUCACAAUUGCUUCGCAAGUGAGCUUUUCACAAGUGAGCUUCACAAAGUGAGCUUCACAAAGUGAGCUUCACAAAGUGAGCUUCGCGGUGUUCCAAGUGAGCUGCUUACCAAGUGAGCUUUGCAAGUGAAGUUUGGAGGUGAAGUGUGGAGGUCAAGUUUGGAGGUGAGGUUUGGAGGUGAGCUGUGAAAGUUGGACCUGAAGUUUGGAAGUGAAGUUUGCUGGUGGUCUUUGCAGGUGGUCUUUGCAGGUGGUCUUUGCAGGUGGUCUUUGCAGGUGGUCUUUGCAGGUGGUCUUUGGAGGUGAGCUUCGGAGGUGGACUUUGCAGCUGG